AUGUUUGAUUCAAACAACACAGGGGCUCGAAAUGGGCGUGGCCCGGAGUCAUCUAGUGUAUUUAACCCAUGACUGAUUUCACUGAUGCUGACGUAGGUCGAGGUUGAUUUAAAAAAACGGGUCAGCGAAUCAUUUGAGUGAAGAAUGUGUUGAUUUUUGAGUUUAUUCGUGAGUAAAAUCAAAAAACUUUAUGGGUUUUAGAAAAAUGCCUGAACUACGAUUCCCCUCAUGCAACUCGCCGGUCCAUAGCCACGCCCCCUCGCGUUUGACUGACAGGUUGUUUGUCUCAGUGUAGCCAGCUGCCGGACUGUUCCAAUCCCCGCCGGAGUGGAAACACGGGGGGAGGCAGACAGUCCUCUCUUUUCUCCCUUUUCCCGUUUUAUUUUAACCUCGUUGUGCUUUGCUGUAUUUUUUUUUAUUUCACCCUUUGCUUCUCUCCCUUUCUCGCUCUCUUUCUCUUCUUUCCUCUUGCACAACUUUUCCCUGGUUUUCCCCCUCUCUCUCUCUCUCUCUCUAGCCUCCUUUUUUCCGCUCCGUUUGAAGGUUCUUAUUAAAAAACCCGGUCCGUUUGGCUUUCACUUAUUUAUUUAUUUAUUUGUUGUUUUCUGCUUUCUCUCUCCUAUUUUUUUUUAAAUUACCUACACACAUGCUUACACGAGUCAAAUAGCCGUUCAUCUAGGUGUUUUUAGCCCCAAAUGAGAAGACGCAAAAGAUGGAACUGCACAUUUUAGAGCACAACCUGAAAGUAGCCAGUAUAGCCAAGGAAGGCAUCCAGAUUUGCACUCACGGACUGAUAAAACUCGCUUUCCUGCCUUCAAAAACAAGAUGCAAGUUCUUCAGUUUGACCGAAACCCCUGAGGAUUACACCAUCAUAGUUGACGAAGAUGGCUUUAAAGAACUCCCUGAGUCGGAGUACCUCAGCGUAGCGGAGGCGACAUGGUUAGCUCUCAACGUGGUGUCGGGGGGUGGCAGUGCCACAAGCUCCCAGCCAAUUGGUGUGACCAAAAUCGCAAAGUCCGUCAUUGCCCCCCUGGCCGACCACAACAUCUCUGUCUUCAUGCUGUCCACCUACCAGACGGACUUCAUCCUGGUCCGAGAGAGGGACCUCCCCAUGGUCAUGCACACGCUGUCCUCAGAGUUCACCCUCCUUAGAGUGGUGAAUGGAGAGACAGUAGCCGCCAACUGCUCCGGAGUCACCAACGGAUUCGUCAAGCCUAAAGUUGUCCCUCGACCCAUCAUUCACCCUCUCUCUAGUCCUAGUAACAUGUUCUGUGUGACGAGUCUGGACCCAGACACACUGCCCUCUGUGGCCACCCUGCUCAUGGAUGUCAUGUUCUACUCAGGAGGAGGGAAGGAGGCCGGAGCACAGAACGAGGAUUCAGGACACAUCCGCUUCUUUUCCUUCUCCCUGAUCGAGGGCUACAUCUCCCUGGUUAUGGACGAGCAGACUACUCGAAGGUUCCCCAAUAACGUCCUCUUUACCAGUGCUUCAGGGGAACUUUGGAAAAUGGUUCGCAUCGGAGGACAGCCUUUAGGAUUUGAUGAAUGUGGGAUUGUGGCCCAAAUAUCUGAACCUUUGGCAACUGCUGACAUUCCAGCCUACUACAUCAGCACCUUCAAGUUUGACCAUGCUCUGGUUCCAGAAGAGAACAUCCAGAGUGUGAUAGGAGCUUUGAGGACCAACGAGAGCACAGGACAGUGAGAACCAGACACGAGCCUCUCAAAGUCCCUGCUAGAUUAUCAUUUUCGAAAGUGCCAUAUUUUUUUUUUUUUUUUUUGAGGACUGCUGUUGGGUGAGGGUGGGGGGGUGAUAACGGGAGCCGAGAGUGAGAAUGAAAAGGUGUGUGUGAGAGUGUGUUUGAGUGAGAGAUAGAGACAGAGAGAGACCUGGGUUACUUUACUUGCACUCUCCCACUUUCAUUAGACUGAUUGUGCCAAUACCUGUCCCUCAACCUCCUGCUCGAGAGCGCAUCCUUUUCUACAGGGACCCUUAGCUGGUGUGACUGCAGUGUUAGAUUAUUCCUCUCUAUGCCUUGUCUCCUCCCCUUAUUUUCUCCAAACCCAUUUCACCAUGACAACAAGACCUAGACGUGGGCUGGGUUCCCCCCUCCUUUUCAAACAAAACGAUUCCUGAUUCAUUGAAAAUAACCACAAUGUAUUAGAAACCGGUCCUCUUUAAUAGAAGGCCAAGAAUGUAUGCCACCACGGUUGUGUAAAUGUUUAUCAUCGCUCAUCCCUGUUUUCUUACUAUGCCAAGUCACUUUCGGUCUAAACUGACUCCUUGAGUGUGUGUAGUUUUUUUUUUUUUUUUUUCAAUUUGAAAGGUGAUUAUUUUAAAAUAAUGAUAUGGAUUGAUCACAAUCUAUGAGGAGAAAAAAAAGGUUUUUUUUUUUCCUUCACCUUUCCGUGAAACCUUUUUUUUUUUUUUCUUCUUCUUUCUUUCUUUCUUUUGCCCUCGUUUCACCCAAAGCCCGUGUUCUCGUUUUCAAUGCCAAGUCACUGAGUUAUGAAUAAGUUGUUCCCCCCCCCCCCUAUUCAAACUACAAUCAAUAGGUUUCUGUACUCCAGCAUCGAGUCACUGUCGGUCCUGGGUGAAGAUUUAUCAGAUUGGAAUCGUGUCAUGUUUGACCUGGCUUUAGUCUUUUGCUGAAUGGGGAGAGAAUGUAGUCACUAUCACUUCAUGAUUUUUUUUUGUUUUUAUAAUUUUCAACUGUAAAAAGAGAAUGGAUUGUGCAAUUUGACUGUACACUAUUAUUUUGACAUUUACUUCCCCCUUUUCAUGUGUGAAGCUGUCUUUUUUUUUUUUUAAACCGGAACAAAAGGAAUGGCACGAAAUACUUUAGCUUCUUUACCAAGGUUUUACCGUUCACCCUUUUGUUUUGUUUUUUGUUUUUUUUUCUUCAAACGACAAGACGUGAAGAAUUACAGUCCUUCACUGAAUGUUAGUUGGGGGUCUAAGUGUUAAAGGACACUAGCGUUAGUGUAGGCCUUCAACUCUCUCACCCCAGUCUGCACUUUAUUUAAAGGUCUUUCCUAAAGAUCUUACUGUUCUUACUGAUGUGAAAAAAAAAAAGUGGGGAAGAAUAAUUGCUCCUUAGAAGGAAUCUCUUUUUAAAAGGGUCACAUUUGUUGGUCUUAACGCACGAAUGGAUGUUAUUUUUCCACAGGCUUUUUCUUUUUUUUUUUUUUGUUCUUUUUUUUUUUUUUUGCCCUGUUAGAUCUGAUUAGCAGAAACCAUGUAUUUAUCAGUGUUAAAAAUAAAUAAUUGGGUGACCUAUUUCUUCUGACCAUUAAAGAAAUGAAAACGCUA